AUGCGGACGGUGAACGGCCUUGCCGAAACCACGACUUCCCAAAACCUUCUGAGAUUCAACCUCACCGCUUCUGUCACAUACGCGGCCAUGGCGGCCCAGAUAACGACACCGUUCAUCCCCAUAUUCCCACGCAGGUCCGACGGGAAGGAAACGAUCAACCAGAGGGGAAUCACAAUCAAGAACCGCCCCAGUGCACAGCAACUCGACAAGACGCCGAACGCGCAGGGCCAAUCCGAUUAUUACCGUCCAAUCGAGUACGAUGAGCCCAAACACGUGGACUGGAGGAAGAAGCUCGGUGGUAUGCUUCUGCGAGAAAUAGGGGGGAAGCAGUAUGAGGAUAAAUGGCAGCAAUGUCUUCUGUGGGACUUGCCGAACGGAUAUUGUCUCUACGAACACAUCAAGUCAAAAGCAGAGGGGCAGACGAAACCCAGGAACCAUUCAGGAGGCGGACAUGACCGGCAAGACGCGUAUCUAUAUGGCCAUCCCAAGGGGCCCAAGAAGCGGUUCAGGAGCCCUGUCGAGUUCUUUCCCCAUCUACUUUGGCUUUCUACGGACGAGACGAACGAUCCUGAGAAUUGCACAUGCAAGCUCUGCUCGCCACUGCAGUUGGAGGAGCCCGAGAAGCCUACGGCUACUGCUCAACAAUCGGCUCGCCAUCCCAUAGUUCAGAUACCCGCCCGACGGCCAAGCGAAAACGCGCCUUCUGCGAGUCCUGCGCCCAAACCCGCUGCGCCACCUGCUGCCCCUGCUCCAGGAGAGCUACCUCAGCCUAGGUGCCUGGAUCAACAAGUAGAUGGGCAGUAUGGUAAAUUCCUCCUUCGUGUGGGUGAGCUCGCCUGGUACGUGAGGGAUCCUGGAGCAUGGGGACUAGGACUUGUCACACGGCGGUGGACCUCGAAAGAGUCUUCUAGUGGCGCACCCCAGGCUGUAUACAUGAUUAUGCCCCUGUCCUACCCGGGCGCGAAUCAGGUCACGACCAUUGUUUCGGGAAUCGACAACCUAAAGCCAUGGCUCGCCUGGUCUCCACCCCUUUGCACAUACCCAUGGUUACGAGACAACCCGGGCCUGCGAUACCAACAAGUCGACUGGCACGCCUUGAUGCGGUCCGACACGUCGGGCCAGGGCAUAGCCGAAGUCGACGCUUCCAUCCUCGCAGCCAAGUACGUGGACAGCACAUAUACGCUUUUCGAGCGCCUCAAGACCACGACCACGGCAACGGGCCAUCAGGAACGCCACUACAACGGCAUCUACCUCGGCGCCGAAAAGAUCUGGAACGGCGAGCCCGUGCGCGUCCAUAUCGGCACGGGAAACACCAUCAUGGUCAUCACGUCCAUCGUCGAGCGCAUCGCAAACGCAUCCAAUUCGAACCAAAAUAAUGCUACUCCCGCUGUCCAAGUGCAAGUCACAGGAGACUUGUACGAUUACUCUCUCCUCCCCGUGCCGGACCCCCAAUCCCCACCCACCCCUCCCGCAAACCCCUCCCUCCCCCUCCGCAUGCGUGAAGACAUGCGCUGGUGCAACCAAACCCUCGUGCCGCAGACGCGCUCGCUCGCCUACUGGAAGCUCGCGCACGCCCAAGUCCGCAUCGACAUCUCGGACAUCAAGGGCCGGUGGUAUGAGACGAGUCUGUACUAUGUCGAGGAGUUCCACAAGAGUGUCCGGGAUAAGCAUGGUGGGAUCGGGAGUUGGCUCAAUGCGCGGGGCGAUUGCUACAAGUAUGCGGAUGGGAAGAGAGGGCCUUUGGAGAGGGUGGAGGAGAGGUUGGCGGCGUUUGGGGUCGCGGUGCCGGGGGGGACGGGGUUGGUCGAGGGGGUCGAGGUGCCUCAGGGACUGCAGCAGCAGCAGCAGCAGCAGCAGCAGCAGCAACAACAACAACAACAGCAGCAAUCUGGCGUGGGCGCGGAAUCACAAUCCCAUUCGGAGACGACGCCACAGCAGCAGCAGAACGCGGACAUGGGAAAUGCUGGUGGUGUAAGCGGCGGGGAGCCUGGCUUCGCGCUCGACGACUUCAUGAACCUGGAGGGCAUGGGGGAUGAUGGCAUGCAGGUACAUUUCGACAACGACUUUACGGCGUUUGGGCAGGGAAAUGGAGGUGGUUGGAACCAGUAGGAUGGGUUCUUCUGUUUGUGAAGUCUGCAUUCCAAGGCGUUUGUGCAGGAUGAAUGUUGAUGGGGGUUAUUCAUGUGAUUUAGCGUAAUCGGGGUUUCGCUCGCAAUUUUUAGGCGCGGUCGUUAUAUAUACCCGAUGUUGAGUCUCGUUAUUAUACUUCAAAGUUGUGCUUCCUGUCGUAUUCCUUCCUUGGUCAUGGUAC